GCAGCGGCGCCCGGCGAGAGGAGCUCGGCCUCGGCGCCGCUCGCAGCGGGCGAGGCGCGGCCGCCGCGCGGCAGUUGGAAGAUGGGGAAGAAGAGCCGAGUGAAAACUCAGAAGUCAGGUACAGGAGCCACAACAACAGUAUCUCCAAAGGAAAUAUUGAAUCUAAUCAGUGAGUUAUUACAAAAAUGCAGCAGUCCUACCCCAGGUCCUGGUAAGGAGUGGGAAGAAUAUGUGCAGAUUCGUUCACUUGUUGAGAAAAUUCGCAAAAAGCAAAAAGGUUUGUCUGUUGUCUUCGAUGGGAAAAGAGAUGACUAUUUCCCUGAACUGAUAAAAUGGGCUUCUGAAAAUGGAGCAUCCACAGAGGGUUUUGAAAUAGCUAACUUUGAAGAAGAGGGGUUUGGUUUGAAAGCAACAAGAGAGAUAAAGGCUGAAGAGUUGUUUCUGUGGGUUCCAAGAAAACUAUUGAUGACAGUUGAAUCAGCUAAAAAUUCGGUAUUAGGAUCCCUGUAUUCUCAAGAUCGAAUUCUUCAAGCCAUGGGCAAUAUAACAUUGGCAUUCCAUCUUCUUUGUGAGCGAGCAAACCCUAACUCUUUCUGGCUGCCCUAUAUCCAGACUCUCCCCAAUGAAUAUGAUACUCCACUCUAUUUUGAAGAAGAUGAAGUGCAGUAUCUUCAAUCAGCUCAGGCCAUACAUGAUGUUUUUAGCCAAUAUAAAAACACAGCUCGACAAUAUGCCUAUUUCUACAAAGUUAUUCAGACCCAUCCUAAUGCCAGCAAAUUGCCCUUAAAGGAUUCUUUCACUUAUGAUGACUACAGAUGGGCAGUUUCUUCUGUAAUGACACGACAAAACCAGAUUCCAACAGAAGAUGGUUCUCGAGUUACACUGGCUCUGAUACCUUUAUGGGACAUGUGUAAUCAUACUAAUGGACUGAUCACUACAGGCUACAACUUAGAAGAUGACCGGUGUGAAUGUGUAGCACUUCAAGAUUUCAAGGCUGGAGAACAGAUUUACAUUUUUUAUGGCACUCGGUCAAACGCUGAAUUUGUGAUCCACAGUGGUUUUUUCUUUGAUAAUAAUUCGCAUGACAGAGUGAAAAUAAAGCUUGGCGUGAGUAAAAGUGACAGGCUGUAUGCUAUGAAGGCAGAGGUCUUAGCUCGUGCUGGUAUCCCAACUUCUAGUGUUUUUGCAUUGCACUCCACUGAGCCUCCAAUUUCUGCUCAGCUUCUGGCUUUCCUUCGAGUGUUUUGUAUGAGUGAAGAAGAGCUGAAGGAACACUUGAUAGGUGAGCAUGCCAUUGACAAAAUCUUCACUUUGGGGAACUCAGAGUUUCCUAUUAGCUGGAACAACGAAGUUAAACUUUGGACGUUCCUAGAAGCCAGAGCAUCCCUUCUUCUGAAAACCUACAAAACAACUAUAGAGGAUGAUAAGUCCUUCUUGGAGACCAAUGACCUUACUUCUCAUGCGAUAAUGGCUAUCAAAUUGCGCUUAGGUGAAAAAGAGAUUUUGGAGAAAGCAGUAAAGAGUGCAGCUGCUAGCCGGGAAUACUAUACCAAACAAAUGGCAGAUGGAGCUCCCAUUCCUAAAUAUGAAGAGAGUAAUAUUGCCUUGUUGGAAAACACUGUGCCAGAUUCUAGACUGCCUAUUGUCUUGAGAAACCUAGAAGAAUCAGAAGAGCAAGGGGACUUAAAGAUUGAUGAAGCUAUUGAUGCAGAAGUCACAGAGAAUGGGUUUGUAAAUGGUGAAAACUCUCUAUUUAAUGGGACCAAAUCAGAAAGCGAAAAUCUAAAUCAAGAGGAAAGCAACAGAGAGACUGAAGAUGCCAAAGAAUCUUCUUCAGACAGUACUGAUGAGGUUAAAGAAUAGUCCUAAAGUUUGACUUUCUUGUGAAAUUAAAUUAGCUGAAGUUUAUGAACAGUGCAUUUAUGUUGGUGUGUUUCUUUGUUAACAUUUCUCUUUCUGCAGAGGAAAAUGUUUUUGCUGCUUUAUAUAAAAAUUAAUUUUUAAGUUAUUUAAAAGAUUUAGCAUCCCUUUUCAAUUAAGAUUGCCAUCUUGCUUUCAGGCAAAAACUUAGGAAAGAGGUGCCUUUGGAAGAUUUUGCAGCCCUUUGUUGAACCAAAUGUAUUUUCUUCCUGGGGAAGAAUUAAGCUCUUCUAUCUGCUGUGCUUUUGUUGUUCUGUCACUCUGACUACUGAUAUUAAGAGCUUGCUCUGUCUCCUGCCAAGAAAAGCAGAAGGCAGGACUGACUUGGUAUUAGCCGUGAAGAUGGGAGAAUAGUACAGCAGAAAACUGGAUACGAGGAUCAGAAACUUAGACUGGAGGAAAACCUGUUUAAAAUCAGGUGUACCAGUCCAGAAAAAGGUAAGGUGGCAACCUUAUGUUCUGUAGUUUUAAAUGUUGAUGAGAAUCCAAGUUCUAUACACUCAAAGUGAUUUCUGAGAAUUUCAGUUUACUUUGUCUUUUGUUUACUGUAUAAAAAUAUCUCAUCUUUCUUCAGUCAGAGUUAGGUUGCUAAAAUACACAAUUCACCAACUUUUAAAGGCUGACACAUAUUUCCUGGCGGUACCUUUUUUUUUUUACAAGGUUGGCAGUAGAGUUUGAAAGCAGAUAGGCCAGGCCGCAGCUUUAAAGUGUACUGUUCAAAGUGAGGUUGCUUCCCAGUUUUAUCAGGUUUUCACAAUUAGCUAGGGUUUUUCAAAGCUACACUUUCAACUAAACCAUUAUUAAAGGGAAAAUAUGAUUAAUAUUCCUGUCUGCUACUCCUUCAUUUCUUUGUUGUUGGAUGUAACAUUGAAUGUGACAGCAGUUACCUAAUCUUACUCAGCUUCAUCUUUUAGUUAAGAUACUAAAUGACACUUUUCUUGAACAAAAUGGUAGGCUAAUGUACUUUUGGUCUAAGUCCAGACCAAAGCCAAGUAUGCAGUAUGCUUUGCCAUUUAGAUUGUGUUUCAGUCUGAUGCAUGUUUCUUGGGAUAGCUGCACAGGUUAAACAGAUUUACUCUCUCCAGCAUUUUUGAUCACCCUCCUACUGUAUGUUUUAACUUCUAUAUGAAAACAAUGCAAUCCUAGAACAGUGCAAUAAGAGAACAAGGGUAAUUCCAAAGCUUAACUUUGAAAUUACCUGGGGGUUGGAAGGUGAGGAUGGUGGAAUAUUUUUAUUUUGGGGAUUGGAAAGAGAGGAAGGUGGAAUAUUUUUAUUUUGGAGGUGAGUGGAGAGGAAUGUGAAGUGAUUUAAUUCUCUUCUCAAAAUUACGGACUUUUUCACACCUUUGUAUCCUAAAGUUCAAGAUAAUGGAAAGAUUGGACAAGCUUGGACAAUUAAAGUUCAAUAAAUGUUGCAACCUGCUCAUCCAAGAUUGGUUGCAGUAAAAUGUCUUUUGGCAUAUUCAGUUUUAUGAGAUUUUUGCUUCCUUUAUGCUGCAGCUUCAAAGAUGUGUUCUUGCAUAAAUCUUUGGUGCAAUACACAUGACAAGUAGUGACUUUAGAUUGUCAUAGUAGUUUUGAUGUUCAGUUAGUAUCAGUGUGGGGAAAAUAGAAAAAAAUAGUUUUUUAAAAAAUAUUUCACUGAGAAUGGCAUAUUGCCAUUGCACCUUGGAUAUCGCUUCACCACUUAACAAAAUGCUGGACCAGUAUUUUUGUAACUAUAUGCUGCCUUUGGUAGAAUGUUAUGAAUUGUUGUCUUGACAGUUUAAAUGUCAUACAGAAGUCAUUACUUUACAGUUUUUGUUAGGACCAAUAUUCUUCUGUUUCUACCAGUUACAUUGCACAAUAUUGCAGUAGAUACUAUAAUGAAGUUUUGAAUCACUUUCCCUGAAAACUUUAACUGUAAACCAGAAUUUAAAUGCUUUGAUUCACUCUGAUACGUUGUAUUCUGUUCCAGUAUUUGCUGAUAUCUAUGGCUUAGCAAAGCCUGUGGUCACCACAGGACAGAAUAUGUGGGUUUUCUUUAAUAAAAUAUAGUUCUACAAUGUCUUCCCUAA